AUGGGUAGCCUUGCACCCGCCAGUCUACAGCAUAACCCAGAACCACGUGUGGGACUCGGGAACCUACCCGUCGAGUUAUUACUAGAGAUCGCCUCCGAACUCGUUCUCGAGGAUUUCCUCGCCUGCGCCCAGGUCUCUCGACAAUGGCACGCAUCAUGGUCCCAGCCAGGCAUGGUCGCUGUGCUCUGUCGCAGGUUCUUCCCCAUCAGCACGCAGUCUAAACCUCACACGUUCUCCACCUUCCAGAAGGCAUGCCGCAAAUUCUUCCGUCGACGGCAUGGGAAGUAUGCGGCUGCGAUGGACAUCACCUGGGGGGACUGGGAGGCUGGGCGCCCUUGUCAUUUUGAGCCUGAUCGCAACGUCCAUCCUGACGGCCAAUUCCCGGAACCAGAAAUAGAUCAACUGUACAUUCUCGUCUAUGGUGAUGGCAAUAUUGUGCGGACUGAUAAGAAAGAGUUGAUCUUUAUCGAUAAUUUGUACACGCGGACACGGAAAGUUCUACAGGGAGCUAACUGGAACUUCAACACGCUCUCGGCUUUCCCAUAUACGUCGGCGGUAGGCAAUUCACUUUUGGCUACGCAGGUAGGACAUGCCGAGAGCGGAUUCCCCGUUGUUGGAGUCAAGUAUGUAUUCGAAGACGACCUCACCCGUUGGCUGAGUAUUCGCACCUGGGGCGAGAAGGUCUUUAUAGCUUCUGGCCCUUCAAGUGUCCAUGUAUUCUCGCAUAAUGGAGCCGACCUCUCCCUCACCUACGUUAUUAACCCCUAUGGCUCCUUGCCGCCCGAAUGGCACGGCUUUGUCCGCACAACCGGAAACAGAUACCUUUUCGACCGACAUCAGACAAACUUCCUCCCCCACCCGCGCAACCCAGAUGGGGUAUUCAUUGUGCUAGCUGGGACAACCCUCGAGUCCGAGCUAGAUGAUGGCGCCUUCUUCCUAGUGCGAGAGUUUAACGGUACUACGCACGUAGCGACUUAUUCGUGUGACGUCUGGGAAAAUAUGGUCGCGGCGAUGGAGGCCGUAUUUAACCAAGAUGAUAACAAGUCUGCUCAACAGGAGCUAGAGGCGGCCAUGUCGAGGAUGGAGGUGUGGGACUUUGACUGGGGAAGCAUACAUGAUGAGUGGCCCGGGAGCUUCGGCGGCGAUGAGGGCGUGUACGAGGUGUUCCGCUUUGCCUUUAAUUCCAAGAACCUUGCCGGCCCCGGUCAACCCCCCCGAUUCGGGUGGGGAAUCCACCAGCAGAUCUCGGUUACUUUCUGCACGACUACGAAGCAGUGGGGAGCCCAGGGCGCCCUUAUUGAUGAUGGCGAGGACGGUCUUUUUAAUACCGAUUGGGCCUCGCGGGGUUCGAUGCUAAGGAACAACCAACUUGUCCGCAUGAACUAUAACAAAGAUGGCGUUCUAGGCCUAAGACCUACUAUCACAACGCGUGAUAUCAAUCUCAUUGUUGGCGAGGAGAGAACCCGCACGGAGCUAGGAAAGCGCAAUGACUUGUACCUUCUGGAACACGAGAAUAAGGGCAGGCCCAAGCCACGCGCGGUGGGAAACCAUCGUAGAUUCUCCCACGAUGAAGACUUUACGGUUAUGUGGGACCGCUUUUGCGGGGACUGCGUUGUGUUUGACUUUAGAGAGUAG